CCAAUUCUUCUCGUCCUUCUGCAGAGCUUCUUCUGCUCCACAUAGUGAAAAUGGGUGCCAUUCCUGAAGCCGAUCCCGAUGAGGUCAUGGAGACCAAGCCCUUCAAGUUCGUGACAGGUGGCUAUGAUGCUCGUUUCCCCCAGCAGAACCAGACCAAGCACUGCUGGCAAAACUACGUCGACUACUACAAGUGUGUCAACGCCAAGGGAGAGGACUUCCGCCCGUGCACCCAGUUCUUCCACGCUUUCCGCUCCCUCUGCCCCAAGGCCUGGACUGACCGCUGGGACGGCCAACGCGAGGCUGGCAACUUCCCCGCCAAGCUGGAGUAAAAUGAUUCCGUUGUCGUUUCCUCAUUGUUGAUUGACUGUUUCCCCUCAAGUUUUGUUGUGUCAACAUGUACUCUACCUGAAUCAUCGCGGGAAAUUAAACAUUCCAUUCUUACUGCCUUGGGAGGGCUUGCUCGCCGGGGGUUGUGUUGGUGGACGUAUAUAGACUCGCAAUUAGUUUUGGAAGCCUUUUUCUUUUUACUUUCUGCUCCGUUUUCUGGGGGAUUGCCGUGGCAUUAUACCCUCAUUAUUCAAUAUCACCGCACAAAAAGAUUUGAAAUAGUAAGUAGAUGGUAACUAUUGAAAAACAGCGCAAUUG